UGGGAGCAGCUUCGAGACGGGCAGGCGAGGGAGACGCGGCGAUCGAGCGCGGGAGAGAGAGUGGGAGAGAUCUCCGGCGAGAAUAUUCCGGCCGCGUCUUCCGGCGGGGCGGUGGUUGCUGCUGGAGGAGUUGGUGAGGCUGGCUCCGUCUGAUAAGGAUCUGACGGUGAUGGGAGUCACCGGCGAGGAUUUGGUGGAGAUACGGGCUGGGAUGAAGCCUGGCGACCCCAGCGUCAUCACUGUCAAUUGCCCUGAUAAGACUGGCCUUGGUUGUGAUAUUUGCCGGAUUAUUCUCGAGUUCGGUCUCCGGAUCACCAGAGGAGAUGUCUCAACUGAUGGGAGAUGGUGCUAUGUUGUGCUGUGGGUUGUUCCCCGUUCUUCCUCUACUAAGAUUCGGUGGACUAGCUUGAAAAACCGGCUGUUAUCAGAAUGCCCAACUUGUCCAAUCCCCUUCUACCAUGAUUUGGUGGAUCCGACAACCUCUCAGAUGUACCUCUUGAAGCUUUUUAGUGCCGAUCGGAAGGGAUUGCUACAUGAUGUCACUCAAGUUCUUAGUGAUCUUGAUCUUUUGAUUCAUAGAGUGAAGGUCUCCACAACUCCUGAUGGCAGAGUUAUUGACCUCUUUUUUAUUACUGAUGGCUUGGAGCUCUUGCACACUAGAAAGAGACAAGAUGAUACAUGUGAAAGGCUGCAUACUGUUCUGGGAGAGUCUUGCAUAAGCUGUGAGAUCCAAUUAGCUACAAAUUUUCAACAGGGAUUCUCUUCCAUUCCUCCAGCCGUUGCGGAGGAGCUCUUUAGACCUGAGCUAUCAGAUAGUGAAAUAUGUUUACAGACAUUACGUCCAGAUUUAGCUAAGCUGAAGAAGCCAAGUGUUACUAUUGAUAAUUCUUUGAGCCCUUCACAUACCUUGCUACAAAUACACUGUGCUGAUCAAAGGGGCCUCCUCUAUGACAUUCUGAGAACAUUGAAGGACUGCAAUCUUCAGAUUGCUUACGGGAGAUUCCUGUCGGACCAGAAAGGUUACCGCGAGGUAGACCUCUUUAUCCUUCAAUGCGAUGGGAAGAAAAUCUUGGAUCCAGAAAAACAGAGUGCUCUCUGUUCUCGUUUGAGGCAAGAGAUGCUUCAUCCAUUGCGAGUGAUGAUUGUAAACCGUGGACCAGAUUCUGAACUUCUUGUUGCCAACCCCGUAGAAUUAUCCGGGAAAGGAAGGCCUCUUGUAUUUUUCGAUGUCACACGUGCUCUGAAGGAUCUUGGUAUAUGUAUCUUCUCGGCUGAAAUCGGUAGGCACACCACAUCAGAGAGGCAAUGGGAGGUUUACCGAUUCCUCCUCGACGAUAGCUUAGAGUUCCCCUUGGCAAAUGCCCGGGCUCGAAGUCAAGUUGUUGGUAGAGUGAGGAGAACACUUAUGGGUUGGUAAGGUGAAAACAAGUCUAUUUUUCGUAUUUAUGUUUGCGACUUUAUGAAUCCGCAUUUCCUUCCCUUGCAAUUUGUCAGUCAAUUGAUAUACUAUAAAUCACAAUGAAGAGCAAUGUGCUCCAAUGUACAGUGCCCAUCAAGCAUUUCAUUUUCUCAAGUUCUCAUAGUUAUUGGAUCAUGUAUUGCAAUAACAGCUAUCCAGUAAGAUUAUGAGGACUUUGUGUGUGUAAAUAUGCAUUUUUAUGUCACAAUUAAUUUGUUUUGAUAA